UGACGUCGAACGUUUACAGUUAAUUAGAGUCGCAGCUAUCGAGCCAAGAUGCAUCCACAACAAGAAGCACACCUAAUACUGUUGCGCCUGGUAAUCCUGAGCUGCUGUUGUGCUCCGGCACUCUCCUAUCUACCGGAUGUGAAUAUAUUCACAAACUACCGCACGGAGGUGUACAAUGGCAUUCCGUCGGACAUUGAUACGACACCGUUCAUACGGAUUGGCGACAACUAUUACUACAUUGAGCCAAUGAAUAAGGUGAACUGGUUCCAGGCAGCGGCUGCCUGCCGCAUGAUGAACGCUCACUUGGCCUCCAUUGAGGAUAAGCCGGAGCUGGAGGCGCUGGUCAAGUAUAUUAAGGCCAAGGGCUUCAAGAAUAACGAUUACUUUUGGAUAUCCGGCAACGAUCUGGGCACUGAGGGCGCCUUCUACUGGCUAUCAACUGGCCGCCCCAUGACCUUUGCACCCUGGAACGGACCCAAACAGAUGCCCGACAAUUACGGCGGCAACGAGAAUUGCGUCCACAUGUUCGGCACUCGGGAGCUGAUCAACGAUGCCAACUGCAAGAUAUUGAUGCUGUAUGUGUGCGAGGCCAGCGAUCCGAAGACCUUUAAGUUUACCUACAUCAAGUGGUAAACGGGACAAUACCUAUAAUUAUAUAUACAUACAUACAUAUAUUUUGCAUUGUUUUUUUUUGUUUUUUGUUUUUGCGUGCACGCAACACGGCAUUUAUUAGGUUGCCGCGGCAACGGCUUCCACUUCAUCAUAAUAUUAUGAUCGUUGUUCGACUUACGCAUAAAUUAGCUAAGUAUACAUUACACAUCAGUUGAUUUACUUGUAUGCAUAUAAUAAUUUGUUACGAAUUCACCUUAAAUAGCUAUGAAAUUUCGUCAUAUAUAUAUAUAUAUAUACAUGUAUAAAUAUAUAUGUAUAUAUAUUCGCAUUGGAUCGGCUAAUACUAUACAUAUAUCGCAUGACCACGUACAUCGCUGUAGCCGAUAGUUGUACAUCGAUAUAUGCAUGCAUUUUGCCAAAUACACAAAUCAAAUACAAUGCCAUAAUAUAUAUAUAUAUAUAUAUAUAUAAAAACCGUUACAUGUUACAACUUACUUGGCUAGGCAAACAGUGAUCGGAUAUUGGAAAAUUUACGACAUAACCUCAACACUAAUAUUAAUAUCCAACUAGUAUGCAUCCUGUGUGUGUGGGUGUGUGCUACUAACAUAUGUGUGUGUGUGUAUUUUAAUUGUUUGCAUCGUUUUCAAGUCUUACAGCUUAAACCUAACCUAACUUUUUUCGACUGUAUUACACACGCACGCACACCCCGUUUAUUCGUAAGUAUGUAUGUACAU